UGUGGUUUGGGUCCCAUCUGCGGGUAUUAACUGUUACGCCCAGGCGGAGAACCCGCGUAAACCACAGGCUCACCCUGGGUCCCUUCCAUUUCAACUUUCACGCGUCUCUGAAUUCUCGAACCCUUUCCUCCAACAAUCUCCUGAUUUCCUCCCGCUUUGAUCAUUCAUCUUAUCUUUUCCGCCUCUUUGCCCGUUGCUGUUGCAGCUUAAAUUUGGGAUUUUUUCUUCCGUUCUUUUACAAAGUGUUGGCGAGUUAUUGAUAAGUGGCAGCAUGAGGCCGGGAACUCCGAACUUUGGAGAAUGUUCUAGUUCAACUUCGUUGAGCUCUCAUCUGGAGGACGUUGACGACGAUCACAUGAUUGCUGUUGUUUUGACGGAAGAGUAUGCUAAGCUAGACGGUGCUAUUGCCCGACGCCUCGCCAACCUUGCCCCUAUUGCUCAUGCUCCAAGGAUAAAUUUGUAUAUCCCAAACCAAAGUGAUGCCAGUUUGGAAUAUCAUAGGCUUCUUCAGAGGUUAAAUGUCUAUGGUUUGCAUGAAGUGAAGGUCUCUGGUGAUGGAAAUUGUCAGUUUCGAGCACUUUCAGAUCAGAUGUUCAAAUCACCCAAGUAUCACAAGCUUGUGCGAAAAGACAUUGUAAAGCAGAUAAAGGACUACCGUUCUCUAUAUGAGGGUUAUAUUCCAAUGAAGUUCAGUCGUUAUUACAAGAAAAUGGCGAAAUCUGGUGAAUGGGGGGACCAUAUUACCCUACAAGCUGCAGCUGAUAAGUUUGUGGCAAAGAUUUGCCUCCUGACAUCAUUCAGAGACACUUGUUUCAUUGAAAUUGUUCCGCGAUCUCAGACUCCAAAGCGUGAGCUUUGGUUAAGUUUCUGGUCUGAGGUUCAUUACAAUUCACUUUAUGCAGUUCAAGAUGUUCCAGUUCAACAAAAGCCAAGAAAAAAACAUUGGUUGUUCUAGGAAAACAGAUUGUUGCGAGUAUAGCAUCACUAGGUAUUUGAGUACUACACUGCAAAAAUUCUUGUUUUUCUUUUAAAAAAAUGAUUGAUCCCAAUUUUUCUACUUUUGUUUCAUUUUGUGUAAAUAGUUUGUCAUACGUACAUUGUGUUGUAUUACUGCACUUAUGAAUCCUUAUCUUAAUAAAAUUACAGUCGCAUUACGGACUCAAGAACUA